CUUCUGACGCUCUGCUGCUCUGUGGGUUGUUUACUCGCUUUUGUUUUAUUCAAAGCAGCAUAGAAAUGGAAGGAAACGUUUGCAACAUCCAGGUGCUUCUUCGGGCGGCGGAGUUUCUCGAGAGAAGAGAGCGGGAGGCAGAACAUGGAUAUGCCUCAGUCCUGCCUCUCAGUCCAGAUCCCUCUGAUAAGAGAAGCAAACUGAAAAGCAAGAAGAUAUCUGCUGGGGGCAAUAGGUCAGUCCAUAACGAGCUGGAGAAAAACAGACGGGCUCAGCUGAGACACUGCCUGGAGCAGCUCAAGAAGCAAGUCCCUCUGUCCUCCGACUCGAUGAGGAACACCACCCUCAACCUGCUGAGACGAGCCCAGCUUCACAUAAAGAAGCUGCAGGAGCAGGAUGAGCGUGCAGAGCAGCUAAAGGGCCGUCUGCGCUGGCAGCAGAGGGAGCUGCAGGUUCGGUUGGAGCAGCUGCAGAGAGGCACAGAGAGGAUGAGAAAUGACAGCCAGGGGUCGACCAUGUCCUCCGAGAGAUCCGACUCCGACAGAGAGGAUGUUGAGGUUGAUGUGGAGAGCAUCGUGUUCGACUGCAUGGACUCAGAUGGACUGAGCAUGACACACACUGACUCAGACCACUGUUACUCCAGCAUGGACAAAGCCUGGCUAUGACGCCAAUAAACCACAUUCAAUACCACCAUGUUAGCAGGAAGAGGAGCAACUAUUCCAAAAAAAAUAAGCAAAUGGAGGAAGGAGGACGGAAAAGGAUGUUACCAUACAACUGAACAUCAUUUUCCUACAGAGGGACUAACUCUGGACUUUUUUUCAGUAUAUGUCAGACUACAAGCUAAACGAUAAGAUAAUGAAUGAGCUGAGUCCAUUUGCACUGAAAAGCAGUAAAAAUCACUGGGCUGGGAUGGAUGUAUCAUUACGCAUUUUCAUCUUCUGGCAAGCAUUAACAGCAUUUCUUUGAAAAGCCAUGAGAUGUCUGCCACAUUACAUGAUUUAAACAGUUUUUCUCAGUUUUAAAGAUCCAAAUAAGGGCUUUUUAUUACACUCUUAACUUAUACUUUUCUUCAGUAUGUAUCAAUACUGAAGUUUGCCUUAAAUCAGAUUUGUUUUUGUAUUAAAUACAGCUUUUCUUUAGCAUUAAGUUCAUAUUUCCGUAAUGUCAUGUGUGGUAUGCACUUAAACACAAAUAUCUUUUUGUUUGUUUUAUUGUCCUAUUAUGUAAGGUCAGCCAUGUAUUUUGACUUUUUCUUCUGUUGCACAAAACGUCCUCACGUUGCACUUGUUUUGUUUCUAAAGGAUUGUGGGUAAACGUCAAACUGAAAACGUGAACAGAAAUGAACUGGUCAUAUUUGCACAUUUAUAACUGGCAAUUAAGUAACUGUACCAAGUUUUCAUUCCGUGUAUUUGUACACAAAUCAGUCUGUAAGUAAGUGCAAGGAUUCUGAUGCCUAGUAUUAAGGAUUCAUUCGUACAUCACAACUGUACACACCAUUGCUUUAGCCAUUUGUCAGUAUAAAUGUAAAUUAUGCAUGCGGCAACAGUCAGGCAGGUAAUGUCUUCAUGUAAUAUUUCAGCAAUGUGAGCUGUAUUACAAGGAUUUGUCAUAUUCAUCGCUUUAUAUUUAAUAACAGAAGGUGCUUUUUUCUUCACUUUGUAUAUGCAAGAUGCCUUAUUAUCUUUUUAUAUUAUGUACGCAUUCAUCGGUCUCUCCGC